AUGCCCAUUGAUAUCCGCGCCGGAGCCCAGGCUAACUUUGCUUUACCGAGCAUAGGGCCAGGUGCGGCCUUAGACGAUGUUUUCACGUCCAAAGAUGAAGAUAAACCAAUUUCUGGCGGCUUGUUUACUAUGGUCGCCGCUGAUGAACCGUUGGUCUAUACUUAUGGCUAUCAUGAGCUAAAAAUUAUAUUAGAAGGAGAAAUUCAUCUCGAGGAUGCAGCCAAACCAGGUGAAGUGAUCAAGGCCAAAGCCGGAGAUGUGCUCCGCAUCGAAAAAGGCACGAAGGUUAAAUUUAGUUCUCCAACGCAGGGGAAAGCCUUCUAUGUUGGCCAACGCGCAUACAGGGCGUUCUGA